GAGUAAGCGAGUACUCGACUGGACCGGGUUGCUAACUCAACAACACACAGACCAGUCAGUCAGUUCAGUGGGGAAGUUUGGAAGUACGAGCAGCCAUUCGAUAGUCGGCGGUCUCGUUUCGUUCAAGUUCAGAGUAGUACUUCAACGUCAACCCACCCCAGAGCUACGGGUUUACAAUUCAAUAUCAUCGUGCGUGUAAUCACUGUUCAUACAUUGGACUUAAAUUUUUUGUUUCCCUUGCAGGGGGUGGCGGUGAGCAGCACCACGACCAGAGCGGGGAGAUGUGCGGCUGCUGUUGCUGGAAUAGUUCCAUUUGAUAGAGCAGAUCUACCUUUAAAAGUUAUAAAAGUGUGCUGAACCAAUCUAAUGGAAAAUAAGGAUUUAUGAAAGCCUAAAAGUGCCAACCACAAAAAAAGUGUUUAAAAGUUGAAUAAAAUUUCUGCAAAAGUCAGUAGUAGUUCUGUUGCCCCCAAAAAAAGGCAGAGAGCGAUCGGUUAUCAGCAGUGCGAACUGAAACAGGAAGUGACCGAUACAGCAGCGACCAGCAACGAAAAAUGUCUUCCAAAAACGAACUGAAAAAACUCUCGGAGGAGAGCUUGACGCGCCAGCCGGAGGAGGUUUUCGACAUCAUCUGCAAACUGGGCGAGGGCAGCUAUGGGUCGGUGUACAAGGCGCUGCACAAGGAGAGCGAGCAGGUUCUCGCCAUCAAGCAGGUGCCGGUCGAUACGGAUCUGCAGGAAAUCAUCAAAGAGAUCUCGAUCAUGCAGCAGUGCGAUUCACCAUACGUGGUCAAGUACUAUGGGAGCUACUUCAAGAACACGGACCUGUGGAUCGUGAUGGAGUAUUGCGGGGCGGGCAGUGUGUCAGAUAUUAUGCGAUUACGCAAGAAGACCCUGUCCGAAGACGAGAUUGCCACCAUUCUGAUCGAUACGCUUAAGGGGUUGGAGUAUCUGCAUCUGAGGAGGAAAAUUCAUCGGGAUAUCAAAGCGGGUAACAUCUUGCUGAAUUCGGAAGGUCACGCGAAGCUGGCGGACUUCGGAGUGGCGGGUCAGCUGACCGAUACGAUGGCAAAACGAAAUACUGUGAUCGGAACGCCAUUCUGGAUGGCACCAGAGGUGAUCGAAGAAAUCGGGUACGACUGUGUGGCCGAUAUCUGGUCCCUGGGAAUCACAGCUUUGGAAAUGGCCGAGGGAAAACCUCCCUAUGGUGACAUUCAUCCCAUGAGAGCUAUUUUCAUGAUCCCCACCAAACCACCUCCAUCGUUUCGGGAUCCGGACAUCUGGAGUCCGGAGUUCAUCGAUUUUGUUAGUCUGUGCCUGGUGAAGAAUCCCGAGGAACGAGCGACGGCCACCGAUCUGUUAACGCAUGAGUUCAUAAGAAACGCCAAGCCAUGCAGUAUUCUUAGUCAAAUGAUAGCGGAAGCUAAGGAAAUUAGGGAAAAUCAAAGCUAUAGACACGCGGCAGCAAUUAGUCAAGCCAACAAACAGCUGCAGAACAAUAACAAUAAUCUCAACAACAGUCAGGACGCGGAUUCGGACGAGGACGAUGUGAACUCACGAACGAUGAAAGAGUUCCCGGCCGAUUGCGGUACGUUGGUACCGGGCCGAGACGAUGGCGACGGAACGAUGAUUGCCCACACGGAUUGCGGAACGUUGGUACCUGACAGUGCCACCAUGGUGGAACUACAAUCCAAUCUAGGGACGAUGGUCAUCAACUCGGACUCGGAGGAAUCCACGAUGAAAAGGCACGACACAAAUCCGGACAAACCAAAGUAUCGACCUCUUUUCUUAGAUCACUUUGACAAAAAAGAAUCGUCCAACUUCGUCUCCAAACCUAGCAAUCAGAUAAACUACGACGACGACAGUUCCUCACCGGAAGAUGGUCAGGAUGGAUCUCCUCAGCAACCUCAAGCGCAGACUCCAACCAAGCAGCAACAACAGCAACAGCAGCAACCCUCGGCCCCGCCUUUGACCCAGAGCCUCGAGGAGCAGCAGAUGAACGAAGAACGGCAACGGUUCCAGUCGCAUCUGCAACUACAGCUGAAUCAGAUCUCCGCCGUCAGUCCCAAUAUGCCGGUGCAUCCGGUGCAGUAUCAGCAGCAGCAACAGUCUCCGAUGGCCAUGACUCCGGAUGGGAUGGGUGGAGGUGGCGGUGGCGGUGGCAUGGAAGCCCACAAUCGGAAUUUCAACAAUAGGAUUAAUCUCAUCGACAGUGAAUAUGAUUCGCUAAAAUUCCUCAACUACGAACAGCUGGAGCAGCGCCUAGCCAGCAUCGACAAGGAAAUGGAGAAGGAACUGGCGGAAACGAACAAACGGUACCACGCCAAGCGGAAACCCAUAAUCGAUGCCAUCGAAGCCAAACAACAGAAGCGGCAACAGAAGCUGGAAGAGUUCUAGGGAUUCUUCCGGCAGCAGCAGCAGCAACAACAACAGGUAGGUUGGCUAGGGUGGCGGCGGCCAGGGCUCUUGGAGAGAAUGACGAUGGCCAGAAUGGCUGGGAUUGGGUCGCAUUUUUAUCUGUUUCUGUUGUCGGUUCUACUAGAUCUGUUUAGGAAUGAACUUUCCCCAGAGUAACUUUUAUUUAGCUUAACGUCACUGUGACGUUUGCUUUUACUUUGAAUAUGUUGAAUCUCAAUUCAACCUGUGUUAAAGUUUCGAUUGCAAAUCCCAGUCCUAUCAGAACUGUUCUAUUGUUUCUUUUUCCAAGAGAAGCCUACGUUCAAUUCACCUGUUCGAUUUUUUAAUAGCAAAAAAGUUGAUUAUUUAUGCUGAAAGUGUAGAUUCGUUCGAAUUUAAUAGAGUUCCAAACAAAAUCGCUGAGUAUGGCGUUAACUAUUAUUUAUCAAAUCACGGGGGAUCGAAACUCCUAAAGUAUGCUUGAAACCUUACUCACACAAUGAAGUAUGUUUGAUAGCAACCAAGUUUAUAGUUUCCUUUUUUUUUAAUUCUCGGAUCUCGUCAGGUUCCGCCCCCAGAAUGUGCAAACCACUUUGAGAGAGAUAAAAAGAUUUUCCACAAAAUCAAAAAAAUAUGUUUUGACUGUCGACUCUAAAAUUAAAAAAAAAACCCAUCAACUUUGGAUGCCAAAUUCAAAUCUAAUCUUUGGAAAGUAUGAACACAAUUAAAGAAACUUAUCAACCACAUUAUUAUUGGUGCUGCUGUUCGGCUUACUAGUAUACCAACCUAAGCAUUUCCUAGAAACAAUUUAGUCGUUAUUUCUUUCUACUUUUACUUAUCAAAUCACAGGUAGUAUCUAUAUCAGCAAAAUUGAAGGCGAAAAAUCAGCUCGAUGUACAGAAAACAAAAAAAGUAAAGACCUCAACUAAUAAACGUAACCCAGGACGACAAAGUACAGUUUACAAUACACAACAACAGCAAGCCUAAUAAAACAGUUUGUAUAUUUAUCGAUUCGUAUAAAAAUAUAAAUAUCUAGAUACAGUAACCUUUUGCUAGCGAGGUCUUAAAAUAACUCUCACAUCAAAUUGUUACGAGUCAAAAUGUGAAGAGAGGUAAAAGUGCAUUAUUUCUGUUUUGAAAAAGAAAAACCCCGGAUAAAUUCCAAUCGGGAGCCGGUGCCUCAAGUUCGAGAGUUACUUGUAGGUAUUUUACGGGGGACAUAUUGUAGAGCUUUCGUAGUAUCCAAGAGAAAUAAGAAAAAGUCAACCGUGUAAAAAAGUAAAAACAAAUACUACUACCGGAAGUAUGAAUGAGAGAUGAGGAUAAUCAAUCAGUAAAAAAGAGACAGGUUUUAAAUAAAAAUUAAUUAUGAAUUUAA